GAACAAGCUAAUGUCUUUACAACGUCCGGUAUAAGGACCAGGACAUGUUGUGUUCCUGACACUGCGUCCGAGGGCCAGGGACACAUGGAGGCCUCGUCUCUAGGGCUGGGCCUUCUGCUGGCCUCAUGAGACAGAGCCACACACACCACAGAGCUGUCCGGUUGCCGGGCAGAAUUGAAACCUGAUUUUGGAAGCCCGGUUGUAUCGGCCAUGGACGGAGUCUGCGGAUUCAAACUCGGCUGAAACUCUGCUCGGCUGUAAUGUGGAGAGGGCUUCAUUCUGUCCUGGUCGACCUCCGAAGAAAAAAGGAUUGUGGUGGCGUUAAUAACCAGACACAGAGAGGCAGCUACGGAGCAGAUGAAGAUGAAUCCAAGGACCCUCUCUGUGCUCCUGCUGCUAGCUGGGCCGCUGGGGGCGGACCCUGACUGGCACGUGGAGUACCCUGACUCCUUCUGCGUGGUGGAGGGCUCCACCGCCACCAUCCCCUGCAGCUUCACCCACCCCAAGGUGCACGAAAAGACCGGCGCGGUGGUGGAGCGGGUGGUCUGGUGCCACAGUAACAAGUACUGCUCCAUAGGCAACGUGUACGACAGCAACGUCCGGGCCGACAGCAGGUUCCGGUACCUUGGGGACCGCGUCAGGAACUGCACCUUAAAGAUCAUCAAGACGGUGAAACGGGACGCUGCAAGGUACCGCUUCCGCUUCGAGACCAACGUCGAUAAGUACACCGGACUUAGAGGAGUCAGAGUCAACGUCACUAAUGGAGAGGAUGUGAAGGUCAGAAGCUCCGUCACUGACCAUGUGGUGAAAGAGGGCGGUCAGGUCACACUCACCUGUACCUCAGCCUGCUCCUUCCACCAAUUGGACGUCCACUGGUACAGAAAAGGCCACGCCCUAUCAGAGAAAGGCCCCGCCCUCCACCUCAGCUCUCUGACCAAUGACGACACAGGGAAUUACACCUGCUCUCUGGACUCUAGCAGACAGAAAACCUCUGCACCUUGGAGUCUGAUCGUGGUGGUAGAUGAAGGAAAACACAAUGUGACAGUGACUGAUAAAGAGAAGUCUCACCGGCUCCUGACGGGGUCGGUGGUGUCGGUGGUGUUGGCUGUGGUCCUUCUCCUCCUGGCUGGGCUGGUCUUCGCUAAAAGGAGACAAGCACAAAAGAAGGCAUCAGACGUGAUUCAAAAACUGGAGGUGGACUGUAAACAGGAAGCGGUGGGAGCUUCAGAGGAAGUCAGUUAUUCAACUGUCCACUUCAAACGCAAUUCCUCGAGGUGGUGGUAUCCUGCCCCUGCGACGAUCAGCAAGCUACUUUCAGCUGUCGCCGCAUCACACCUGCAACCAUUACAGCUAUGGAAGAUAAGUUAUCUGGUUCACUUGCACCUCUCUGUAACUAUAGUGGUUCUGUGGAGUGCCUUACUGAUGACCUCAACAUUGCCUUGUCUGUUGCCAUUGAUUCAGUUGCUCCGUACGUAACUAAAAAACGAACAUUGAAAAAACCAGCUCCUUGGUUUGAUGCAGAAACUCGCAUUUUGAAGCGAAAUUGCAGGAUCCUUGAACGCAAAUGGCGCUCGACUAAACUUGAGGUCUUUCAUCUUGCAUGGCAUAAUAGUCUGAUCACCUAUAAGGGUGCGUUGACUAUCGCCAGGAACGCCUACUUUUCUAGUAUCAUUAAUUUGAAUAGAAAUAAUCCUAAGUUUCUUUUUGACACGGUGAGGAGUCUCACUCAGAAACAGAAUCAGACCGUAGGCUCCUCGAUCUCGGCAGGUGAAUUUAUGGAUUUCUUUGAGAAUAAGAUUCAAUCAAUUAGAGAGGAAAUUGAUGCUUACCGGGCGGCUAAUCCUACACAUCCUGUGGGGCAGGAUGGGGUUCUGCCAAAUAGGAUGGUGAAUUCCGACGCAACUCUUUUGGAGUUUAAGGCGAUUUCCUUGGUGGAACUUGAAAGGGUGAUAAAGGCCUCAAAGCCAACAAUUUGUAUGUUGGAUCCGCUCCCUUCUAGGGUUCUUAAGGAUCUUUUUCCAACGGUGGGGC